AACAGAUAAAAAAUUUAAAUCAACAAAAUGAUCAAACUGAAAAAUUGGAAGAUAAAUAUAAUAAAAACAUGAAACCUUAUAAUUUACAAGAAAUAUUUAAAAAAGAAAUAAAAGUCGGCCAAUGUUUUCAUGGUCUCUUUGAAGAAUAUUACCGGAUCGUCAAGACUUUAAAAAUGAAUCCUGAAAAUAAUUUUGCAAAAGUUUUAGUUGAUGACGAAUCUAAACAUAAGAUAAUGAAAUUUAAAAGCAAACCAGAAGAUACUGAAACAAUUAAAUAUGAUUUUUUUAACGGAUACAGGGGUGAGGAUAAAAGAUAUUAUGUUAAAAAGAUUCAUUUUUUAACUGAAAAAGAGGUAGUUUAUUCUGGAUAUACUAUAAAAGAUGAAAAUGAUACGUGUAUAGAACAUCAUGGGGGUUGUUUUGGUGGUGAUCAACCAUGGCAUCAUAGAAUUUUUUCUGAUGACAGAACUGAUGAAUAUCGAUAUUAA